UCCCUAACACCACCUGCCUGCCCUCAGCUUUGUCAUGUUGCUGCCACUGCUGGGCGCCUGUGCUGUGGUGGGGCCAUUCCAGGGCCCUGAGUGGGAGCCAGUGCAGGACCUGCUCUCUGAGGAUCGCAGCUGCAGGGACCCUCGGUGCUGCGGCAACCUGCUCAUCCUUUGCCUCUUUCUGAUCUGGCAGGUCCGGCACUAUUGGCACCAGGCCACCAGGACUCACCUCAACAUGAAAAAGGUCAUCAAGGUGCCACCACAGAAGUGGGCAGUGCCCUCCAGGAGACAUGACACUUGUUUUGGGCUGACUCCUGAAUUCUUCAGUCCUGGAAAGUUCAGGGGCCUGGAUGCUCAUGUGCAACAAUGGGCACAAAAGAAGAGAUGGGAAUACCAGAGGAGCCUCCAGGAGUCAUGGGCCAAAUACCUGCUCUCUUGGCAACACCUAUGUCAGGACUCACCUUGGGAUUUCUACACCCCUUCUGAGCCCAUCUUUUGCACCACCUCCUUUUCAAGCACCUUUAUGUUUCCUCAAGACAGUUCUUGGGAAGCAUGGCAGGUACCCUGGUGUCUCAGCGAUGACCAGACUCACUUGAUUUGCAAGCCACUGCCCCUGGCCCUGGACAUGUACCAGAGGAUGGAGCAGCUGCUUGUCCACUCCCAGGAAGCACUGGUGCCACUGGAGCAUGUUGUCAGCAUGAGAUCCCACCCUGCCUCCAUGACUUUAAUCACCACUCUCCCAAACCUUCCUUCAGCUCAGAGGCUGCAGUUCUGUUCCAGAGAGUUCCUGCCUGUUCCUUCUAAUCAACAAGUGGGAAUGCCCAUCUGGAAGUCCUGGGGCUGCCCACAAGAGGCCUGGGUACCAGGGAGGGAAACCCAGACACUAGGAAGAGAGGAUAGUAGAGAGAUCCAGGCUCCAGGGUGGGUGAACCAGAGAGAGAACAGAGGGGAGAAUGCUUGGGAAAUUCAGGCAUCUGGAAGACAACUCCCAAUAAACUUUGGGAUGGAGGACAAUGCAGAGACUAAGGUCCUGGAGCAGGAAAGCCAGAGACUAGUAAUAAGAAAAGCUCAUGGAGAGAUCCUGACACCAGGGUGGGAGAACCAGGACCAGGUGGGAGUUGAGAAUAGAGCCCACAUUCAGGAACUAGGGAAAAGAAACCAGAGGGAAGCUGGAGGUGAGAAUCCUCCUGAAACCCGAGCACAUAGAGGAGAGAACCGGGAACAGUUAAGAUGCAAAAUUGAUGCAGAGACCCAAACACCAGAGUGGGAGAACCAGGGUGGGAGUAGAAACGAAGAUGCUGUAGAGACCCGGGCAUUUGAGAAGAACAAGAGAGAAGCCAGAGGGGAGGAUGAAGGAGAGAUCCAGGCCCAAGGAUUGGGGAAGCAGGACCAGACUGGAAGUGAGAAUGGUGAGGAGACCCAGGUGCCAGAGUGGGGAAAACAAGACCAGCUUAGAGGCGAUACUGGUACAGAAAUUCAGGGAGAAGAGAGGAGAAACAAGGACCAGGAUGGAGGUAAGACUGUUGUGCAAUCCCAGAUACCUGAGAGGGAGAACCUGGGAGAAGUAAAAAAAGAGGAUGGCAUAGAGACCCAGGUCCUGGGGUGGGGAAAACAGGAAUGCAUUGGAAGUGAGAAUGUUACAGAGAUCCAGACACCAGGGUGGGAGCAGCAGGAUCAAGGUAGAAGUGAGAAAGCUGGGAAGAUCCAAGCAUCUAGAGGAGAGAUCCAGAAACAACUAAAACAUGAACUUCGGGUGGGGUGGGGAAAUCAAGGCCUGAGAAGAGGUGAGGAUGUGGGGGAAACCCAGAUAUCCAGACGGAAGAACCUCAGGGAGAUAAGAGAAGAGGAUUGGGUGGUGAUCCAGGCACCAUGGUGGGAAGACAAGAGACCAGUAGCAAGUGAAAUUGACAGACAAUUCGAGAUACCAUGUUGGGGGAAUCAGGACCAGAUUGAAGGUGAACACAGGACAGAAAUUCAGGCACCAGAGAAGAGAGACCAGAGGAAGCACGGAGAUGAGGAUGGUACAAAUACCCUGGCACCCCAGGCAGAGAGCCAGGGACAAUUAAGAGAUGAAACCCCUGUAGAGACCCAUCCACCAGGGAGGAGGACCCAGGAGCAGUUUGGAGAUGAGAAUAGUACAGACAUUCAGGCACCAGUGAAAAGAAACCUGAGAGGAGUUAAAGGUGAAGAUGGUAAAGAGAUCCAGGAACUUGCGGAGGAAAACCAGGGUCAGUUAAGAAGUGAAAUUAAUGCGAAGAUUCACACACCAAAGUGGAAGAAUCAGGAACACAUUAGAGGCAAGGAUGGUGCAAAUGCCCAGGCAUCUGAGGCACAGAACUGGGGAGAAUUAACAAGUAAAAUUGAUGGAGAAACUCAUUCAGCAGAGUGGAAGGAAGCAGAGCAGGUUGGUGGUAAGAAUGUUGCAGAAAUUCAGGCACCAGAGAAGAGAAGCCAGAGAGAAGCUGAAGAUGAAGAUGAUACUGAGACCUGGGUACCUGGGGAAGAAAACCAAAGUCAAUUAAGAAGUGAUAUUGAUAGAAAGACCAAUUUAUCAGAGCCGAAGAACCAGGACCAGAUGGGAGGUGAGACUGGAACAGAAAUGCAGGCACUAGAGAAGAGAAACCAGAGAGAAGCUGGAGGUGAGGAGGGUGUAGAGAUCCAGAGACCUAACAGAGAGAACCAGGGACAAUUAGAUAGUGCAAUGGGAGAGAGCCAUUCACCAGGGAAGAGGAAUUGGGAGCAGACUAGAGGAGAGAAUGAUGCAGAAAAUCAGACAUUGGAGAAGAGAAACCAGAGAGAGAUUAGAAGCAAGGAUGGUAGAAAGAUCCAGAGACUAUUGAAAAGUGAAGUUAAUGAAAAGACCUGUUUAUCAGAGUGGAAGAACCAGGAGCAGAUUGGAGGUGAGAAUGGUGCAGAAAUUCAAAUACGAGGGAAGAGAAACCUAAGAGGGACCACAGGUGACGAUGUUACAGAGACCCAGCCUCCUGGGGGAGAUUACCAGGGACAGUUAAGAAGUGAAAUUGAUGGAGAGAUCCAGAUACAAGGGCAAGAAAACCAGAACAAGGGUGGAGAUGAGGAUGCCGCAGAAAUCCGGGAUGUAGGGAGCCAGAGAAAGUGCAGAGCUGAGGAUGCUGACGGACCUCAAGUUCCUAGUGGAGGAAACAAGGACCAGGUCAGAGGAAAGAAGGCUGCUAAAGGUAAUCUCCGAAUUGACUGUUCAGAGGGUGAAGGGCCCCCAGCCCUCACUGGCUCCAGAUAUGGGGCCACGGAACAAGAACAGGUAGUGGCCUCUGCUCCCUGUCCUGAGAUAAAGCCUCUCCCCGACCAGGGUGAACUCUUCCAGCUUGCCAGUGGUGAGGGAGAGUAUUUGGCCAGCCAAAGGAUGGCUCCUACCAGGAAGCACAGAACGAGGGUCAGUCCAGCUUCCCAGCAGGCCCAACCUAAACCCCAGAGAAGCCGACAAAGGGACAAAGGGGGGGAUCCAGGGAAGGCCUCCAGCCUGACUCGGCAGCUCCAGAAUCCACAGUCUCUGGCUACUCCCCUGGGCCUACCCUCUGCCUGCCCCUCUCUCUCUUGUAGCCAUGCUCCCCAAGCUGCCACAGCUCUGGUGGGUGAUCCCACUGCCCUCACUGUCCUGCCCAAGUGGCCAGUCCUCAAGAAGAGCCAACAACUGCUUCUGGAGUCCCUCAUGCGGCGGAAGAUUGCACACCUGAAGUGGGGCCUUCCCCAGCAGAUCCUGGAGUCCUAUGUGCUCUUUAACUUCUUAGAACCAUGCCCGCUGCCCCUUGCUGAGGUGAGGCUCCCUGGAUUAUACAGAGCCCGUAAGCUCCAAGCGCAGCAGGAAAGGCAUUGUGAGGCCCAGGGCUCCAGGCCAGGCUUUAAGUCCUCAGAGAGGUCCCAGAGGGAUUGGUCCCCAGAAAGAAAAAGCUCAAAACUUCCUACACAGGCCAGAGUUCUGGAGAAGUGUGGAUCACACAGGUCAGAGCCAAUGGGCAUUUCCAUCCAUCCUGAAAAGCCCAGGAGAGUCAGGCCACCAAGGGGCCCCACAGAACAACAGGAUGUCCAGGAAGAGGCUCCUCCUAGGGCCAAGCUCCCUGCUCCCAGGAACCCCAGGCCUGCAGCAGAAUCUAAGAGUUUGUGUGGCCGAGAAAGGGUCCGAGAGCCUUCCAGUGAGAACAGCAGAAGCAGGAAAAUGGUCAGGCCAGGGGUCUCCCAGAUGGCAGAGAGGGCUCCAAGCAGAGUGAGGACCUCAUACUCCAGGGUAGGCCACGACCUCUGGAAGAAGGAGCACACAUCCCAUGAGGCCUCUAAGCCCCUCAGACUCAAACGUCAGCAGCCCACUCACUGGAGAAGAGGAAGCUUGGAGCCUGCGGAGGGCAGAGGGGCUGGGCAGCAGUCUUCCUCCUGUUCCACAGACACCUCUAGCUUCAAAGGGAGUCUCCACUCUGCUGUAGCGAGGCUGAGCAUGACCCUUUUGAACAAGAUAUCCUGGUCCCCACACCUGGCGAAUCCCCGGCACUCAGCCCCCAAACUGAGCCUGAGGGAUCCUGAUCCUACCCUGCUUCCCAAAGUGGGUGAUCCGCAUGCAAGGGAGGACAGCAUUGGAGUCCACGCUUCUUUGAAGAGGGAACUUCAGCCACCAGGUCACUGCUGUGCUGGGGCCACUCUUCCCAAGACAGAGAGCCCCCAGGGUCAAGGGGAAACUGAGGACCCACACGGGGCCCCACAAAAUCCACCAGCCCCCAAAAAGUUUGGUUAUAUGAAGCAUUUGAGGUGUUUUCUGCUCCAACAUGGCUUUAGAAAGUAGGCCACAGGUGCCGAGUCCUCAGAACACAUCAGAGAAGGUGUGAGAGUGGCCUGCUCA